AGCGAGUCAAAUCAUUGACAUUCCAACUCGACUUCAAAAAGAUAAUAGACGCCCAAAAUCCGAAACCCUUUGUCACUAAUCACAGAUUUCGAUGCCCGCCGCUGUCGAAUAGGAAAUACUAAAACUUCAGAAUAAAACGCGAGCGCGUAAUCUUCGCCGUCCGAUCAUCGAUUAGUUGUCUUCUCCAGAAUCCCCGAGGCGGCAGCUAGGAUCGAUGGGAGACUACAACGACGCCUUACUGCGCAACCCAAACUCCGCCGUCCAGGCCAGUGCCAAGGCUCAGAAUCGGAACAAUGUUAUGCAACUCAAGCUUAUUGGUCAAAGUCAUUCUACUGGAUUGACACCAAAUCUUCUUAAACUAUUUGAGGCCCGGCCCCCUUUGGAAUAUAAGCCAGCGCCAGAGAAAAGGAAAUGCCUCCCAUAUACGGGAAUGGCACAGUUUGUUAGUCACUUUGCUGAGCCCGGUGAUCCACAAUAUGCUCCGCCUAUCCAAGAGGCUGAGACUCAUGCGCAAAGAAGAGCUAGGAUACACAAGAUACGGCUAGAGGAGGGUGCAAAAAAAGCUGCUGAGGAGCUGGAGAAAUAUGACUCAAACAAUGACCCAAAUAUUUCUGGAGACCCAUACAAAACGUUGUUUGUAGCUAGACUUAAUUAUGAGAUGACAGAGAGCAGAAUCAAAAGGGAGUUUGAGGCUUAUGGGCCUAUCAAGCGGGUUCGUUUGGUUACAGAUAAAGAAACAAAUAAGCCUAGAGGCUAUGCCUUCAUCGAGUAUAUGCACACGCGUGAUAUGAAAGCUGGAUACAAACAAGCUGAUGGAAAGAAGAUUGAUAACAGAAGGGUUCUCGUGGACGUUGAACGUGGAAGAACUGUUCCUAAUUGGCGACCUCGAAGGCUUGGUGGUGGGCUGGGAACAACUCGGGUUGGAGGGGAAGAAGUUAACCAAAGAGAGCAAUUGCAGUCUAGAGGAACAUCUAGGCCUGAGGAACCAAGGAUACGAGAUGACCGAGACAGGGAGAAAUCUCGUGAAAGGAUAAGGGACAGGGAGAAAUCCCGUGAAAGGUCUCAUGAGAUCUCUAAUGAGAAACCAAGAGACCGUGAUCGUAGAGAUGAUCGACAUCACAGAGAUCGUGAUAGAAACAGGGACAGGGACAGAUACCGGGAGAGAGAUCGUGGUAAUGAUCGGGAACGUGACCAUGACCGAGAGCUAACACGAGACCGCUAUCGUGGUCGUGAUCGGGAACGUCGUGGCCAUGAUCGUCAGAGUGAGAAGGAGAGGGACAGGGACAGGGACAGGGACAGGGAUUACGAAGAUGGUGAUGACCAUGAUCGAGGGCGUUCCCGUGAUGGAGAUUAUGACUAUGAUCAUACUGAUUCAAAACAUGAGCGAGACCGUAAUAUGAAAGAGAAAAAUGAUGAUCGCUCAGAAACAGAGGAUAACCAUGGGUGGCACGAACAGACUGAGUACAGAUAUGAACACCCAAAACGAGAAGCUGAUCAUGACCAUGGGCACUAUGAACGCCAAAGUCGAGGACACACUGCUAAUUCAGAAGCCCCGGCAGUGUAUGACCGCUAUAAAGAAGCUGACCAUGAUCAAAUGGAUGAGGAUGGUUAUCGCUAUGACCGAGAUACAUCUGAACCAAAAUAACGAACCGUGAUUACUGUCAUUGGGACAUGUACUGUCUUGUGGAGUAAGAAUACUAAAUGCUGUUCAAGCUCUGAACUUCCUAUGCUUCAUGAAUUUUUUACUUGUCCUUUCUCAGUGCUAUCUUAUUCUCACUUUUGAGUUUUUUCGUGGUCACAUUUUCCUUGAAGACGUACUUCUGGUGGUAUGAUCUAGUUAGAGGCGUGGAGGUCAUUUUCGUUAUGUUUUGAUAAUGUUCCACAUGUUUAUCUAUGUUAUUUGACCUAUCGCUGUGCUCGAGAACAUAAUUCCCUUGUGUUGUUGGCUUGUGAUCAGUGUCAUAUUACUGAAAUUCGAAGUGAAUCUGAACCGCAUUUGCCAAAUUUCCUGUAUUUGUCUGAAUGACAUGAUCUUGGACAGUAUGUAACUCGAGUUUGUCAAGUGCUUGAUUUGGCAACUUUAAUCAUUAUCUGCUCGUUCUUCUA